GUUUUCUUCGUGCAUUCAACUGCGGUCUGUUCACGCCCGUGUGUCAUAGCUCGUUAGCAACAAUUUGACUGGCGAUGGGCAAGUCUCACGUGGCAACCGACGCUCUGUUAGGCAGGAAAGUACCGGGCGGACGGCGUUCUCGUACCCUGCGAUGCGUAUUUGUAUUCGGACUGGUUAUGAUUUCACUCGCACUGGGGGUCACGCUGAUAGUGCAGAAAGUUUCAUGGACAGGUACGAAAGCGUCGGGGAACCACUCAUCGCACAUCAGACCAGUGACGGAGGCGAUCGGCGCCGUGGAACAGCAGCGUCGUGUUGCCACAGAUGUGAGCGAGCAGAAACUGGACGUUCAGGACCUCCCUUCACUUCAAAGCGUUCCACUCGCACGUGCACAGAACAGAAUCGCAGAACCAGAAGCGGAGGCUCAACAGAUGGUUCAAAGCAGCUCAUCGACACUUGCACAGUCUUCGAGCAUGUCGAGUUCAACGAUGCACACGGCGACAAGUUCCACAGGACACGCUAUGAGCAGUUCAUCGACACUUGCGCAGUCUUCGAGCACGGCGAGUUCAACGAUGAGCCCGGCGACAAGUUCCACAGGACACGCUAUGAGUAGUUCAUCGACACUUGCACAGUCUUCGAGCAUGGCGAGUUCAACGACGCACACGGCGACAAGUUCCACAGGACACGCUAUGAGCAGUUCAUCGACACUUGCACAGUCUUCGAGCAUAACGAGUUCAACGAUGAGCCCGGCGACAAGUUCCACAGGACACGCUAUGAGCAGUUCAUCGACACUUGCACAGUCUUCGAGCAUGGCGAGUUCAACGAUGAGCCCGGCGACAAGUUCCACAGGACAAGCUAAGAGCAGCACGAGUUCUGGUUCAACAAGUCAACCAAUGUCUUCAAGUUCUGGUUCGACUUCCGUCGAAGCUGAAACGGACACUUCAGGCACGAGCAGCAUCGGUACUACUAGCUCCGGAUCUACAGGCCGUACUACAGGCAGUGCUAGCCACGGUUCGAGUACUUCAAGUGGUGUUACUAUGUCUACUUCGAUGUCCGACGCCUACGAAACAGAGACGAGCACGAUGUCAAUGAGCAGCACGACCGCUGGUUCACAAAUGUCUAGCAGUGCUAGCCACAGUGCCUCACAGGCUGGCACUACUUUCAUGUCGACUAAAACAGGUGCGACAGACAUGAGUUCUACGACUGAUACUUCUGAAACUGAGAACGAAAGUGAAACCACAAGCAGUUCUUCACAGACUCGUGCUUCAGGCACGGGCCACAUGAGUUCAACUGGUUCAAUGUCAGUGACACAGCACAGUGAAAGUACAAGCAGCCAUGGUGCCAAAACUUCAUCGUACGCCUCGGGAAUAUCGACCACUGGUAAAGGUUCCAUGACUCCGAGCAUGACUUCAAUGACUCCAAGCAUGAUGACGAUGUCUCCGAGCAUGAUGUCGAUGUCUCCGAGCAUGAUGACGAUGUCCCCAAGCACGAUGUCGAUGUCUCCGAGCAUGAUGUCGAUGUCUCCGAGCAUGAUGUCGAUGUCCCCGAGCAUGAUGUCGAUGUCCCCAAGCACGAUGUCGAUGUCUCCGAAAAUGAUGACGAUGUCUCCGAGCAUGAUGUCCAUGUCUCCGAGCAUGACUACGAUGCCUCCGAGCAUGAUGACGAUGUCUACGGGCAUGAUGACGAUGUCUCCGAGGAUGAUGACGAUGUCCCCAAGCACGAUGUCGAUGUCUCCGAAAAUGAUGACGAUGUCUCCGAGCAUGAUGUCCAUGUCUCCGAGCAUGACUACGAUGCCUCCGAGCAUGAUGACGAUGUCUACGAGCAUGAUGACGAUGUCUCCGAGGAUGAUGACGAUGUCUCCGAGCAUGAUGUCGAUGUCUCCGAGCAUGAUGACGAUGUCUCCGAGGAUGAUGACGAUGUCUCCGAGGAUGAUGUCGAUGUCACCGAGCAUGAUGUCGAUGUCCCCGAGCAUGAUGUCGAUGUCCCCGAGCAUGAGAUCGAUGUCUCCGAGCAUGAUGUCGAUGUCCCCGAGCAUGAGAUCGAUGUCCCCGAGCAUGAUGUCGAUGUCCCCGAGCAUGAGAUCGAUGUCCCCGAGCAUGAUGUCGAUGUCCCCGAGCAUGAUGUCGAUGUCACCGAGCAUGAUGUCGAUGUCACCGAGCAUGAUGUCGAUGUCACCGAGCAUGAUGUCGAUGUCCCCGAGCACAAUGUCGAUGUCCCCGAGCAUGAUGUCGAUGUCCCCGAGCAUGAGAUCGAUGUCUCCGAGCAUGAUGUCGAUGUCCCCGAGCAUGAGAUCGAUGUCCACGAGCAUGAUGUCGAUGUCCCCGAGCAUGAUGUCGAUGUCCCCGAGCAUGAUGUCGAUGUCCCCGAGCAUGAUGUCGAUGUCCCCGAGCAUGAUGUCGAUGUCCCCGAGCAUGAUGUCGAUGUCCCCGAGCAUGAGAUCGAUGUCCACGAGCAUGAGAUCGAUGUCCCCGAGCAUGUCAUCGAUGACUCCGGGCAUGACAUCGAUGACUCCGGGCAUGACAUCGAUGUCUCCGAGCAUGGCAUCUAUGUCUCCGGGCAGUACUCCGUCGUCUUCCGGACUAACGACAGCUUCUCCCGGCUCAACCGCGACUAUCCUCCCCCUGUCAGCUGAUUACGAACUGUGCAACACGCCAUUUUGUGUUGUUCAAGGCGCCAUGCUCGCCAAAUCCUUCAGUUCGUGCUGCGAUCCUUGCGAGAACUUCUACGGUUACGUGUGCAAUAGCAUGUGGCCACAGGCUACUAGCACCAUGAGUUACACGGAUUCCGACAGCAAGCUAUCGAUGGAAAUUGAGAAUAAACUAAAGCAAACGUUGGACGGGCCCCUCACUGGUCCUGCAUCACCUCUCGACAACUUCUGGACUUCCUGCAAGGCCACCCCGCGCGUUCUUCAACGUUUAGACAUGCAGUCCGUAUUCUUGUCCCUGGGUUUUUCUUGCUGUUUGAAAAAAAGCUUAACAGCCGACAUCAUCCUCAGCACAGUCGGCACAGUCAUGCACAAUCUGCCGAUUUCACCGUUGGUGACCUUGGAGAUGUAUCGCGACCCUUCUGGAUCAAAACAGGACAUGCUAUCCCUGGAUGAUCCUGACCCAUUAGUAAGUCGGAAGAUGGUAGAGAAGGACAAAGCCGGCGUACAAGCGGAGCUCGCAAAAAAGGCCUGCGAGUACCUGAACGGCUUGGUUGGAAAAAAAGACCAGACCCUGUGCAGCAGCAUCGCUAAAGUCGGCAUUAUGAUUGCGGAGGCAAGUACACUGAACAAUCACCCAGUCCAAAGGGCGGAGAAGUACGAAGAGGUGCUGUACUCCCAACUGGCCUUUCUUGCCCCCCUUUUAAACAAAACUUCGAAUUCUACUCUGCUAGGCAACACUAAAAUUUUACUCAAGUCUCCCUCCUACAUCAAAGACGUGAUACCUGACUUGCUGAAAACUAAUCCAGAUGGCGUGUAUCACUACGUUGGUUUUCACAUGAUGGUGUUCAUGGCACCCUUCCUCGGUCUGGACACUCUCCUGGACCGGACGCUGUUCGCGCUGACAGGAAGACCGUGGGGAGCUCCUCCCAAAUGGAGGGUCUGUCUCCAUCUGGCCAACAAACUACUGCCCAGUUUGUUGAUGACGUCUUAUCAGAAGCACCUGGAAAAUGCCACGCAUUUCAAGGAGAUCUGGGUGGAUGUGAUGGCGGAACAGGUGCGCUCUGCUUUCCUUGACCAGGUUCCGAAAGCUGGAUUUUUGGAUGAGUGGACCAAAAAUAUCGUGGCAUUUAAGCUGAAGAAUGCUCACUUGUAUUCUUUCGUGCCUCUGCGCCUGUCAACUACUGACGAGGCCACCAGCUAUUCUGCCGCGCUGAACACUGCAGUGCCCUUUAAGAAUGCUCCUCUGGAGUAUUUCAAGGGGAUCAGCAAAUACGUUGCGAUGGACUGGUCAAGGAGCGACCGUCGACGCUUUUAUCACCAAAGAUGGAGGGGAUCAAUAUUUGAUACGAACUGCGAAUACAUCGUGUCUGAGAAGGCCGUAUAUAUACCGCUGGGACUCUUUGACAUUUCUAUACCCACGACCGCCAAAGAAAACAUAUUCCACAUUCCGAGAGUAGCACCGAGAAUAUCUGAGUGCAUGUUCAAGGCAGCUUUCGAUGAUGACUUUUAUUAUACCAACGCGUACACGUGGACGAAGCUUUCCCAGGACGAAUACCAACAGAAGGUCAACUGCUUCGGUCAACAAAUGGGUUUAAAUGACACGUGGAAAAUUGCAGCAAGGAUUGGAGAGAACGCUGCCGUUGCGGUUUCCUAUCAGGUUUAUGCGGACCAGUUGUUUACGCUCCGGUACUUCAACAGAGAUUACCGGUUGCCUGGGCUCGAAAAUGUCACUGCGAGCCAGCUUUUCUUCAUCAACUACGCCAGGGGAUACUGCCGGAACACUCCUGCCGAUCGGGUUGAAGCGGACAUGCUCAUGAAAAGCGUGAAUGUCCCUCUGAUGAACAGCGAUGAAUUCCACGCAGCCUUCAACUGCACUCAGAAGUCUGGAAUGCGUCCCGCAGUCAUGUGCCGCGUCUGGGGCUGAUCUUCGUUUUUUAAGCGCUCAUCGUGUACAAGAAAGCUUAGGGUCCCGUG